AUUCCAAACGUUUCUCUCUCCCACCUUUCCGGAUUCUCUUGCGUCUCUAUUUGUGCCGCUCUUCAACGCCAACCCCGGUAGACCCCUCCUUUUUCCUUCAAUUUCUCUCUGUUUUCUCUCCCAGAUUAUUGGACUCCGAUCUCUUUUGCUCCAAUCUCGGACUACGUAUCACCGUCUCACUGCACAAUGCGGGCUUUCACUUUCUAUGAACGAGUUUCUAGAGCUUUCCAUGACUCCUCCUCCCUCUCCAAGCUUCUUGUGCUCUUCACCGUCAGUGGUGGGACAGGGGCUCUUGUUGCAUAUGCAGACGCCAAUAGAAGCAAUGGAGCGUAUAUUGAUUCAUCAGAAGCAGCUCCGGAAAAGAAAAAGGUCGUGGUGCUGGGAACUGGCUGGGCAGGCACAAGUUUCUUGAGGAAUAUAAACAAUCCAAGGUAUGAGGUUCAGGUGGUGUCGCCUCGCAACUACUUUGCAUUCACUCCUUUGUUGCCUAGCGUCACCAGUGGCACUAUCGAAGCUCGCAGCAUUGUUGAGCCUGUUCGCAAUAUUUUUAGGAAGAAAAGGAUGGACAUUGAAUAUAGUGAAGCCGAGUGUCUCAAGAUUGAUGCAGAAAACAAGAAAAUUUACUGUCGAUCCAACAUAAACAACCAUUUGAACGGGAAAGAAGAAUUCGUAGUGGACUAUGAUUACUUAGUCAUAGCGGUGGGAGCUAAUGUCAACACGUUUAACACUCCUGGAGUUGUGGAGCAUUGCCAUUUCUUAAAGGAAGUAGAAGAUGCCCAGAAGAUUAGAAGAACAGUUAUUGAUUGCUUUGAGAGAGCAAGCUUGCCAAAUGUAAGUGAUGAAGAGAAGAAGAGGAUUCUUCAUUUUGCAAUAGUUGGAGGUGGCCCAACGGGGGUGGAGUUUGCAGCCUCCCUUCAUGACUUUGUCAAUGAGGAUUUGGUCAAGUUAUAUCCUCGAAUAAAAGAUUUAGUUAAGAUCACGCUUCUGGAGGCUGGAGAUCAUAUUCUGAGCAUGUUUGACAAGAGAAUUACUGCAUUUGCUGAAGACAAGUUCAAGAGAGAUGGCAUUGAUGUGAAAACAGGGUCCAUGGUUGUGAAGGUGUCGGAGAAAGAAAUUUCUACUAAGGAACUGAAAAAUGGCGGAGAGAUUACUGCAAUUCCAUAUGGAAUGGCUGUGUGGUCAACUGGUAUAGGCACUCGUCCAUUUAUCAAAGAUUUCAUGAAGCAAAUUAACCAGGCUAACAGGCGCGCCUUGGCCACUGAUGAAUGGUUGAGAGUUGAAGGGUGUGACAAUGUGUAUGCUCUUGGUGAUUGUGCUACCAUAAAUCAGCGAAAAGUCAUGGAAGAUAUUGCUGCGAUUUUUAAGAAGGCAGAUAAAGACAACUCAGGAACGCUUACGGUGAAAGAAUUUCAAGAGGUGAUCGACGAUAUCUGUGAAAGGUACCCUCAGGUGGAGCUAUAUCUGAAGAGCAAGCAGAUGCGCGGCAUUGUUGAUCUGUCGAAGGAAGCCAAGGGAGAUGUUAAAAAAGAACCAACUGAACUGAACAUCGAAGACUUCAAAGCAGCACUGUCCAAAGUGGAUUCUCAGAUGAAAUUUCUUCCGGCUACAGCGCAGGUUGCAUCUCAGCAGGGCGCAUACCUGGCGAAAUGUUUUAACCGGAUGGAGGAGUGUGAAAAAAAUCCAGAGGGUCCUCUCAGAUUCAGGGGAGAAGGUCGCCACCGCUUCAAACCCUUUAGAUACAAGCAUUUCGGACAAUUCGCUCCGCUGGGAGGAGAGCAGACAGCAGCACAGCUUCCUGGGGAUUGGGUAUCAAUUGGCCACAGUUCCCAGUGGUUAUGGUAUUCUGUCUAUGCAAGCAAGCAAGUAAGCUGGCGUACAAGGGCCUUAGUGGUAUCGGACUGGGCGAGACGCUUUGUCUUUGGUAGGGACUCGAGUCGCAUCUGAGGGAGCUUUGCAUCGGUAACAUAGCAGAGCUGAGCCUUAUCUUGAAUUUUGAAACAUGAUUUUUUUUAGUUAUAAUACCCAAUUCUUUGAAUAAACAACACAAAGCCGACUUUUUCAGAUGGGUCUGAGUCUUCCACAGUCACUUCCAAGUUUGAACCCCCUAUUGGUUCCCUGGUAUUUUUGGCUGAUUAAAUUUCAUUUUUGAAGAUGAUACUUAGGUAGUGUCAGACUUUCAUUCGUGAUCAUACGCUAUGUCAUCGAAUUCUUUCAUGUACCCAUUUUUCCGAAUUCUUCUCGGGGUAAUCAUAGAAGUUGAGGAUCAAUGUUUUAUUAUUAUUUUUUUUAAAAGCAAGUUUAUUUUGUUGGAAUGGACAUAUUA